UCCCUGGAGUCAGCUGCCUACAUUUGCAAUUGAAAUGGAAGAAAAGAAAUCCACAGUCAUAUUUUCGUAAAAUUAACAGAAGGAGAAGCUUUCAGAAGACACAAAUAUAAUUAAAAUAUAUAUAGUGAUGGGUACAUAAAUAGAAACAAUGCAAGUGCAAAUGAAAGGACAAUUACCAGUGAAUUCCUUUAAUUUUAUAUUUUUUAGUAUUGUAAUACAAAGUGUAGUGGAAGCAUUAAAGGAGAAUUACCGCCUCAAAAUGGAAAAAAGUGCUUUGAUAGCACUAGUGCGAAGUGAGAGAGCAAUUUGGGACCAAUGUGACAAGCAGUGCAACAACUGUGAUCCUAAACCAAUUCUCCUGGAAAAUAUAGGAAACAAUGUGUCAGAUAAUUUCUCAUCAUGCCAAAGAGGAAGUGUGCAUUUACUGGUAAACUCCGAGAAAAAUAUCCGAGCUUUCGUCCUGGAAAAGUUCAAUGGGAAGCAGAAUGUAUGGUUUGUUGCCCAGGGACCUAUGUAUCUAUAGCAAAUGACGGCACCAGCGAUCUAGAAGUGCACAUUAAAACAGAAAAACAUAAGAAAUGUGUUAGAGGUUCCUGUUCGUCAGGUGAAGUGAGUAAUUUUUUUACGAAACCUUGUGCUGAACUAGACAUCAAAGUAAGUGCUGCUGAAGGAACUCUUGCUUACCAUACUGUGUUUCACCACAACAGUUACAAAUGUAUGGACUGUAGCAGGGGACUGUUGAGAGAAAUUUUCUAUGACUCGUCCAUAUCAUCAAAAAUCUCGUGUGGACGUACCAAAAUUGAAGCAAUAGUGAAUUCAAUCCUAGCACCUCAUUCACUAGAAUGCAUCAUGAAAGAUCUGGAGUGCAUUUCUUUUGUUGGUGUCUUGACAGAUGCUAGCAACCAUGGGAAUAUUAAAAUGUUCCCCAUUAUAGUUCAUUACUUUGAUCACAGGAAUGGAGGACUGCAAAUUAAACUUCUAAAUGUAGAAGAGAGACCAAAUAAAACUGCAGAAACUAUUUCAACAUAUAUCACUGAUACGCUUAACAAGUUUAAAACUAAGGACAAAUGUGUGGCGUUUGGUGCUGAUAAUUGUAACACAAUGUUUGGUGGCAUUAAAAGAUG